AUGGUUCCUCAUGUUUCCAGCCCAUCGCAACUUGCCGUUGACUCCGACUCGGGCAGUCUGAAAAACCAGACAGAAUCUCCAUUCUACUCCUUUAAAGUUGCAAAUAGUGCCGGAAAGCUCAUAGAUAUAGCGAACUAUAAGGGGAAAGUGGUUUUAGUGGUUAACGUCGCUUCCCUCUGUGGAUUUACUCCUCAAUACAAAGAUCUAGAAACAUUGUAUCAGAAGUACAAAGACCGGGGGUUUGAAAUAUUGGCUUUUCCAUGUAACCAGUUCGGUUCCCAGGAACCAGAAGAUGAAGACAAAAUUGUGGUGUACUGCCAACGGAACUUUGGCGUUACUUUCCCAAUAAUGCAAAAGUUGGAUGUUAAUGGCUACUUUGAAGCUCCGAUAUAUACAUGGUUGAAGAAUGAAAAGAGAGGCGUAGUCGGCUUUAAAGGCCUCAGAUGGAACUUUGAGAAGUUUUUAGUAGACCGCAGCGGCAAUGUCGUACUGCGCUACUUGAGCACGGUUCCUCCUUUGGAAUUCGAAGAUGCUAUCGUCAAAUUAUUAAAAGCGUAG